ACUAUGGCAACGGUUAUUAUUGGACAUAAUAUUUGUAAAUAAAAUCAAUUGAAUAGAUAGAGAAUAAACGAUUUUCCGUGAAUAAUUUGCAGAAUAUACGUUAAAAGAACAUUUAUUAUUAGGAUAUUUGACGGUUUAUGGAGUAGUCUUCAGUUAUUCGGCCAGUCACGAUGCCUGGCCACGAAGCGCCUUGCGUGGAACUUGGCAGCGCUCCCCCGACGCCGAGUGUCGGGCCGUCUCCGUCGCCUUCAGAAAUAUCAAGCACAAGUACUCCCGAGCCACAGAAUUUGCGACCGACACCUUUGUUUAGGGCGCUGGCUAUGCCGCCUCCCGAACCCGAGCAGCCGCCGGGGCAGGACGAGCUGGAGCGCCGCCUGCCCGGCUACCGGCGCAUCGUGAUACCGCGGGAUCUCACGCUCAUCGAGCUAUUGAAACAAUCGAGCGGCGCUCAGACCGACGAGGAAGUUCUCCGUAUUCGCGAGGCGAAGUUGCGCGUGAUCGCGGAGCAGGUCGGGCUGCGGCGGCUGCCGGUGCUGGCGCCGAGGCUGCGUGAGCUCACGCUUGACGGGAGCGCCGUCGCGACAUUGCGGGACCUUGGCAUCGGACUUGCGCGUUUAAAGAUCCUGAGCAUAAAUCGCUGCGGUCUGACGAGCCUCGACGGGGUGUGGGGCCUGGGCGCCUUGCGGGAACUCCACGCGGCCGGUAACCGGCUGCGCGACCUUCAACUCUUGGCCGGUCUUCAGAAAUUGCAUACGUUGAACUUAGCAAAUAACCCGAUAGCAGAGUCAAGUCGGCUCUGGACGUUGGGCGUGUGUGAUUCCUUGCGCAAUUUGACGCUGCGAGGCACCCCGCUGGCGGACGCGGAGGACUAUCGCGCGCGGGUCGAGACUGCUCUUCCCAGACUGCAGUAUCUAGAUGACCGUCCGAUGCACGGAGAUGACGAGGGUGCUCUCGAAGCAGUGUUGAAUCCCACGUUGAGUUCGGACUCUGAGAGCGAGUGCGAGGUGGACACCACGGCCACAUCCAUGACUCCUGACGUCUCCCUGGAACCGCAACCUGGACCGUCAAAUUCACAACUAGAGAGCCUAGAAGCUGAUAUCGAUGUUGUUAGCCCAUUGCGUGCCUCUAGGCGAAGACCGGCGACGACCGAGUGUGUGGGAGCAAGGCCGCGAGUGCAACUCCCGCCGCGGCCCAGCACCGCGCACUCGACGCGGGAACGAGCGCCGAGCAGGCUACAUGUGCUGAACACGCUCAUGGACGAGGAGUGGCGCAACAGUGGUAGCAGAUUGACUUCGCAACACCCAGUGUGUGGGAACAUAGCGAGGGCCUUGCGGCGCCCGCAGUCGGCUCAGCAGGCGUAUUUAGAAGAAGAAAAAAAGCUGUUAGUAUGCGAGAGUGUCGAAAACGCAAUGCGCGCUGUCGCGAAAGAGAUACCCCGCGCACCCUGCGUGGAGGAUUGGGCUCAGUUCAGAAAACUUACCGGCAUCGACAUUGAGAUCGACUUUGAAGCACGUCCACAAGGGGAUGCUAGCACCGCGUUGGAUCGUCUGGAACAAAUAGAAAAAGAUACGUUAGAAAGGCUGCAAGAAGAGGCUCUGAAGGAGUCGUGUAGUACAAAUAUACCGUCCACGUCGUCCGGGAGGUUCGACAUGCGAGCUCCGAGCGAAUGUGACGCGUGGAGCGGCUCGGGGGACUCGACCCGGGAGCCCCGCGGCCCCAGGCCAGACCCCAGGCUCGAAGUCGACGUGCUGUUUAAUAACAUUAUUGCUAUGGGUAUUGAAUCGCAACACUAAUUAUACAAUAGAGGGAUUUUAGAAUUACAAUUUUCGUUACUGUCACGGCUUGAAUAGCGAAUCUAAUGUGACAUGUAUGAAAAACCGGUUAAAGAAUGCAUGUUAGUAUUUGUAAAAACCUCAGUAAUUUCACUUAUCGAUUUUGAUUCUAAGACGUGCAUAACGUUAUUUAAAUAAACUGAAUAUAUUAGUGUAUUGAAAUAAUUAAUUGUAAAGGUUCAUCUUUUCGAUGUUAACGUAACGUAACACUUGUCACUUGAGGUAGGUGCAUGGUAGGCAUGUGACUUUUAAACCGGAAGUCGUGGGUUCGAGCCAGGUUAGGGGAAAUCCUUCUUGAGGAAAUUCCUUCCAUGGCUGAAUAACAAACAGUAAGAAACGGUUUUAGGGCUUAGAACAGACGGUCUGCAACUUUAACUUUUAGGUUUUGGUCAGUCAUGCCCUAGAUUAGUUUUCAUGUACCUAAUUUUUUUCAUGGCAUUUGCCCGUGUAAGAAUUCAUUAUGAAAACUACAAUUUUGCUUAAGGGCCGUCUUUUACUAGUAUCUAGUACUAGUAGUCAGAUUGUAGUGAGACUUACCUACAUGAGAAUAUC